AUACAGGAUAAAGAUGGAGAUGAUGAACCUGGUGCAAGAUCAGCAGUUUUAGUAAAGAGUUCGAGCUGCACGCUUGGAGAGGCCAAGUUUAGAAUUACAGGAACAGGAAUUAGUGAUCUAUAAUUUUAUAGAAAAUUCUACCUCGGACAAAAAUUCUUGAAUGUGAUUGUACUUUUUUAUGCGACUUACGCCUGAUUAUUCCAGAUAUAUUUUAUCUUAAAUGUAUAAUUUCAGAGAAGAAUGACGGAAAAUGUAUUGGACGGAUUCAAAAUUCUUCAGAUAAAGUUCAAAGAAGAAAGUGUGCAUGCGCAUCAACUAUUUUUUAAACCGCAUGCGGUGCGCGUUCUUGAACCAUCCAAACCAACAGAUAGAACAUUAUUUUGUGCAAAUAUUCCCCCCUGGCUGGAUACAGACUCUCUAAAACGAAUAUUUCAGUUGAAUGGUAGUAUAGAGGAGAUAUACCUGGAGUUUGAACCAUCAGCAGGUCCAGGAACUAAACCUUCACACAAGUUCUUUCCUCUACUUAGAGAUCCAUACAGAAUAGGAACCGGUUUCAAGUUUGCGUAUAUUGUAUUUGAGCGUCCUACGAGUGUACGGAACUGCAUGACUCGGAUGGACCUGAGUAAGGUGGUGGUGGCGAGCACCAAGGAGAAACCUAUUAUCACCGGGCUCAGAAAGUGGAUGCGGGAGUAUAAUAGUCAGAUAGUUGACCGGAAGCUGUUGCUUGAGGAUGUGAAGGACUAUAUGACGAGGUGGGACGCUGAGUCCGCGAGGAAGAAGGUUGAGGAGGAGAACAUGAUGGAGGAGGAUGACGAGGGUUGGACUACAGUCACUAAAUCUAGUAAAUUACAGGGUGGGAAAGCUAAGAAGGUUGAGGAAGGAAGUAACCUCAGAGGAAAGAAGAACCGAAAGAAGAAGAAGAAGACUGUGCUCAAGAACUUCUACGCUCACCAGAUGAAGGAUGAGAAAAUAAAUCAUAUUCAAGAACUUAGGAAAAAGUUCGAGGAGGAUAAACUAAAAAUUGCACGGAUGAAAGCGGAAAGAAAAUUCCGCCCUUUUUAAUCAAAUAUUUUUUCAGA